AUGUCUUACAACAUGGAGACCACCUUCGUCGCCGACGCCAUUCUCUUCGAUAUGGUCGCCGAGGACCUUGGGCAGGACCCGGCGUAUGUCAUCCCUGCCACCCACGGCAAGCGCGCCAUGGACAACCUCGCCCAGUUCAAGCCGCAUAUCAAGGUGCACGAGAUGGACGUCGAGGUUCAGGCGUCCGCGUUUGUCCUUGCCCUCCACGACAGAUUACACUCACCGCCCGUCCUUCGCGCGACGUACGAGGACGACGAGUCCAUGAUUGAUCGGAGGAUGGAGCUCGAGCAGAAGCACCUGUUCGAGGCGUGGCAGGUCGAGGCCGCGGCCGUCGACCGCUCGGUGCGCAUCCUCCCUGGCGUAAAGAAGCUCAUGGACUCGAUCCCUGAGGAUCGUUACGCCGUUGCCACCUCGGGUGCAAAGACUUUUGCUUACGGCUAUAUGACGCGCGUCGGUAUCACACCUCCCAAGGAGAUCAUCAACACUGACGACAAGCGUCUUAAGGCCGGGAAGCCUGCACCCGACCCGUUCCUCCUCGCCGCGAAGGAGCUCAGGUUCGAUGCGGAGCGUUGCAUCGUCCUCGAGGGCUCGCCGUCCGGUAUCCGUGCCGGUGUCGCCUCUGAUGAGACGGUCAUCUCCGUGUUCACGAGCCACGAGAGGUCGAAAAUCGAGAACUGCGGUGCGCACUUCAUCGUAGACACGAUGGAGCAGUAUGUUGCUGGUGUCUCCGACUCUAGCGGCCCAGUGAUUGCCCGUCUUCACGCAACAAUCUAUAAUCCAAUCAUCAAUACUGCCAAGCUCGGCGAGACCGCUGCCAAUGUCACCGUGGAUGGAGGGACCCGAACUAUCCCCUUCCCGACGAGGAGACUUCGAGGCCAUCAAGCCGGCUUCGAUGCCAUGCCCCCUGGGGUGAAGAUGGUGUUGAACAGCGGCGAAUUUUACGGUCACAACGCGUCGCCUGCGAACCUCGAGCUGCUCUCUCGGUUCUACAGCCAGUAUCCCGACUAUGUUGAUAAGACCUUCCUGAUGGGAGCUGUUGUUGCUGGAACUCUGGUCCCGGACGGCUCUCCCGAGAACCUCAGGCGCAGCGUGACCUUCAUCAACGAGAAGCUGAGCGGCGUCAAUAAGAUGGAUCUGUUCAAGCCUGCCCGCGUGCCGCCGAAGGUUCCAAUCCAGGACGAUAUCAAGACUCUCGUUGAGCUGAAGAACGAGGGCCACUUCCAGCACAUCGGGCUUUCCGAGUGCAACGCGACGACCCUCAGGACGGCUCACGCCGUCUAUCCGAUUACGUCUGUCGAGAUCGAAGUCAGCUUAUUUUCGUACGAGGACGAGACUAAGAAGGCCGUUGAGGUGGCGAAGGAACUCGGUGUCUCGGUCGUCGCUUACUCGCCUCUCGGUCGAGGCUUCUUGGCCGGUACUAUCAAGAGCCCGCAAGAUCUGCACCCCGGCGACGUGCGUCGGCACCUGACGCGGUUCGAGGAGGAGAACUCCAAGCAUAAUUACGCUCUCGUCGAUUCUGCCAAGUCGAUUGCAGAGAGGAAGGGCGUCACGCCCGGCCAGCUUGCCCUUGCUUGGGUCAUCUCGCACGGGCCGCACGUCAUCCCUAUCCCGGGGUCUUCCAACAAGAAGCGUAAUCUGGAGAACAUCGCGGCGGACGACAUCGAGCUUACCGACGCCGAGCUUGCCGAGAUCGACGAAAUCCUUGCCAAGACGCCUGUCGAAGGAGGCCGUUACGUUGACUUGGUGGAGAAGACAUUCCACCUCUGGGGAUAA